AUGGCCAGCGUGUCGGGAAAUAAAUCACAAGAUUUUGAGAGCAUGAGCUUCGAUGAUGAUAACGAGCUAUUCCGACAGGAUACGGAUGCGGAAUCAGAGGAAGAGGAUCAAGUAGAGGGUGAAGAGGAGGAGCAGUUGUUGGUAGAACUCGUCCCCGCUGGAGGGGUACCAGCUUCAUCGAGGGCUAAGGGGAAAGAGAUAAUCAAGAAGGAAGGGGAGGGUGCACCGAUAACACCUCCGUGUAUCAAGAAGGCGAUAUUAGCCACAGACCUCAAACCACCCUUCACGCAAAGUAAACCAAAGAAGAAGAAGAAGAAGCCAUUAACACUCAUCGAGCUACCAGUGGAUGUGUUGAAGGAAAUCGUUAAGGAGGUGAACCACACGAAUGACCUCACGAAUCUAUCCCUUACAUGUCACUGUCUGCAUGCUCUUGCUAUCCCACACAUCUACUCCCGAUUCGAUAUUGUUUGGCCAGAUGCUCUCACUCCAGGUGACCGUACCGGGGUUGAUGCGUUGACCUAUGGUCUCGCAACCCUUGUUGCAGCGGGAGUACGGGGUAAUGACUACGCACGAUGGGUGAAGAAAUUCUCCCUAGGUAAUGGGCCAGCAGAAUGGGUGAGCGACUAUAACAUCAAUAAAGAAGGGGGCAAGAUGCUUGGGACACUAGUUUGCCUUGCGAUCACGAGAAUGAUUUCUCUGGAAACCUUUUCUUGGGACAUGCCGACUGGGGUACUGCGGGACGUAUUCAAAGCUCUCCAUGAUCUUAAUGGCAGAUUAAAGAAUGUCCAUGUCAGGUUCCACGAUAAUACCGACACCACUACACCGACAUCUCAAGAUCCCCGGAGAAGGGUGGAAACGCCGACUUUCAAGGGAUUUAAGGGACUGCGGAGCUUGAGUGUAUUGGAUAUUGAUGAGAGGCAGUACUUGGAGGAGAUUAGCUAUGCGAUUGAAAACUCCGUUGACUCUCUCAGGGAGUUGAGACUAGGAUUAGCGGGCCAUGUUCCUCCAUCUGGCGGAUGGAUUAGGGAUCUAGACGAGAUUCCGAGCAGCAUUAAUACCGGUAUUGGCGGGCCUUUACCAGCUGCCUUACCCGCUGUCGGUGGUGUAUUAGGGGUCAUUGUGAGUAGGAUCAUUGAUCUGGAAGAAGGGAGACGCAGGAGGAAAUCUACCCGAACUGUAGAGGGAGCGAAUUUAAGUACUCCGAGUGUUGCAGCAAAUUUGAUUGAUGUUUCGGAGACGGUAGUAAUGCCUCCAGCGGCUCUGGCGUCUGUGUAUCUGAACGCAGAUGCUAAUGUUGAACCUGCGGCACCCUUAGCUCCAGUCACAUCAGCCCAGGGAUCUAUUUCAUCUACAGACCUAUUGUCGUUGUCGAGUGAGCCUCUAGUAACUCUAUCAGCGGACACAAAUAUGGUUAUAGUAAGCCCUGAUGGAUUGACAAGUACUGAGGUUCCUGCGCUGCCUUUCAACAUCGCUGAUCCAAAUCCUAACAAUCCUGGCCCAUCUAACAAUAUUGCUGGCCCAGCUGCAUUACAAGAAACCGUACCCAGCGUUAGUUCAUCGGCAGCUACGAUUACUCCGGCACCAACGCCAUUGUUUGCCAUGGAGGCAGCGCCAGUACCUCCCACGGUGGCCCCACGAACAGCUAAAGUAAAGACGCCCGAGCCAGAAGAAGAGAAGCCAAUCCGGCAACUCAAGCUCGAGACUCUAGAGCUUGAACGAGUUCCAAUUUCAGUUCGCGUUCUAAUAAAAGGCAUAGACUGGACAUGUUUAUCCAAUCUCACGAUUCUGAACUGUUACGAUCAUGAUCGACUCUGGAAAGCAUUGCGCCAGAAGUUCUCUCCACACCAAAACCCUAACAAAUCGACGUACCUGCUCCAUCAUACAUCUCCUGGCCAUCGAUCACGGGGUUUAUUGUAUCAAGGGCCCAGUGACUACAGAAUUCGUCUAAAGAAACUCCAUACAGAUACUGUGACACCUCAACUCCUAUAUUUCAUCAGGGACACCCUACCUCCAAACAGCCUCGAAGUCUUGUUUCUACAAGAAACGCCAAAUUUCUCAAGUAUUGUCACAGUUGAAUUUAUAUAUAGAGCAGCGAUACGAAGGCAUAAAGGAAGUUUGAAGAAGCUGUUGAUAGAUAGUAAUGUGGGAAAUGGCGGAGAUCAUGCCGCAAAAUGGAUUUUCGAGAAGGAGGUUUUGGCGUUUGUAGGCAGUGGAAAGAUGCCGCAAUUAAGGGAAUUAGGAAUGGCCAUUGAUUGGAAGAAUUGGCACUACUUCCUCACACGCCUCCCCUUGAUGCAGCAAUUACGUUCUCUGUAUAUUCACUACGUCCGCGGCGGCCCUCACAUCACUGAGUUCGAGGCAAAAGAGAUGGCUCAACAAAUCGUCAAUACUGUCAUCCUUCGGCCCGAGAUCGAGCUUUGUUACGUGGGUGUAAUGAGUAAAUGUUUUGAGCUUCUUGAAGAUGGUGGAUCCUCGGAUGGAAUCGAUGAUCUUUCCGAUGUUGAUACGGCAAUUUCUCCUGGGGUAACACAUAAUAGCACGGCACCUGGCACUACGGGUGUACCACCUGGAGCCAACAGUGAAGAGGAUUCUGAUGGUGUUGACGAUGAGGACGAUGUUGAUGAGGAUGAGGACGAUUAUGACGAUGCGGAUGAUGGGGAUGAAACAGAUACAGACGCCGAUGGAGGUGCGGGGGAGAAAGACUCUAGCGAGGAUGAGGAAUGGGUCAAAGAGAAGUCGGAAAGGGGAGUAAGGGUGAGGUUGAGGGAAAUACUGUUUUAUGACGAUAAGGUAGCGGUGUUUAGGGCCAGAAGUGGAAAGUUGUAA